AUGGGGCAACCAAAGGGGAAGCGUCCUGAUGAUCACCCAAGAUAUCGCUGGAAAGUUGAAGUCCACAAAGAUCUAGGGCCCUCCAAUUGGCAAGAAACAGCCCGAAAUAGAGCAGUGGCGUCUUUUAGUGUCAAGAUCCUCGUUGGGUCGCUGAGCCAGCGAAGUAAAUAUGAAAGGUCCGCCAAUCCGCAGUGGGGUCGCGUGGUGGACUAUCAUCUAAUAGGUCAGAUUCUUCUUUCGGUCAGAGCCAAGGACCAGGUUUUGAGGAAGCAAAUAAAUUCAGUUUUAUCCGUGUAUGCAGUCAAAAUAUUCUUACAGAACCACGUUCUUCCUGCUCUUCUACAAACUUUAGACCAGGAUGAGAGA